UUCAUUCAAUUCAAUAAUACAUUCACUUUGCAGUGACGGUGGAUGAUAGAUAACUCACAACCCACAAACCCACAACAAUUAUUUGUCUCCCGUUACCAUGGAACAAGAUCGAAGGCUUCAGCUCAUCGACAACGCAAUUCAGAAGCUUAUACACGACACCAACACCAACACCAACAAAGUCCAAGAAUCUCACCAUAACAACGAUGCUCAAUACCAAAACGCUCUUUCCCACCUUCUCUCUGUUUCUCAGUCGAACAUUUUGAAAGGAGAAGAGAUACCUGAGCAAUAUGAAGGUAGUAGAUCUUCUGAUACGGUGGGUUCUGUAAUUGAGGCGAAAGAAGGAGAAGAUGAGGGUGGAGGAAGUGAAAAUGAUGAGAUAAUGAAAGAGCUGAAGAAGGUGAAGAAGCAGAACUUUGUAACUCAUUGCCUUCUUUCAGUGAUGAUAGUCCUCACUGUGGUUUGGCAGGUAUCUGAAGUCUCUCUUAUUUUGCAACUCAAAGAUGGAUUAAGUCACCCUUUUAGAUCCUUCGGAAAUAUACUCAAAGGUAUGGUGAAAGUCCCUGACGUGAAAGGCCAGGAUGCUGAUGACAGAGAAGAACUUCUUGAAUCUUCAUCAUCCCUUCCCUCCAUGGUGAUUCCAGAUAUGUCUCAUAAUAUCGGAAACUAGUCAAACUUCUCAUUCCCUUCUAAUGUAAAUUCCCUCUUCUUGUACCAUUUGCAAGUACAAUAUAUCCAUGCAUACAUUUAGACGAGAUCUUGAUCAGAUUCUUCACAUGGUAAUAAAAAAUAAAAAAAAUCCUUCAAAGUCAAAA